AUGUUACAGAAAUCAAAAGAGAGAAAAAAUUCAUAUUCAAAAUAUUCACAUGAGCACAAGGAAUCUGUCUGUCUGUCUGUCUCUAUCUAUCUAUCUAUCUAUCUAUCUAUCUAUCUAGCUGAGGAAUAUGCGCAUCAAUCGAUUCGUGCUUCAGAUUGCUUGACUUAUGAGACGUUUGCUGGAUUAGAGGCUGGAAAGACCCCUUCGGGGCCGAAUCAGAAAGACCCUCAGUCACGUGGUUUCUCCAGUGCUCGUCCCUAUCACAAUGGUGUUCUGAACUUUUCACCAAAACACGGAAUCUCUCUACGCAAUGAAGUAUGCGUGGUAAUCUUUAAGAAGGAGAACGAAAACAUCUACAUCACCUUGGUAGAAAGCCUUGUUAAGCAGAUGGACAACGUUCGUCUGGCUGUACGGCCGUAUAUAGCCGUCGAAGGACCAGAUACCCUGCGACAUCUGCCUUAUUGCAAAUUAUUUCUGGUCUUUGCGGACUGUAUGCCAUGUAAGGUGGCGGCGACACCGACAACCCCGUCCCCUUCUUCAUCCUCUUCCUCCAUUUCCUCAUACUCCUCUUCUUCCGCUUCUUCUUCACCAACUAGGAGCAGUGAUCAACUUGAAUUACAGAUAGCGUCCCUUAAACAUUUUGGUCACGAUCGGUCUUCUAUUAAUCAACAUUAUUUAUUGUUCGGAUUACAAUGUAAUUUUAUUACUUUCUCAUUCUCUUUCUCUCUCAUUCUCUCUUUCUCUCUAUAUCUAUCUAUCUAUCUAUCUAUCUAUCUAUCUAUCUAUCUAUCUAUCUAUCUGUUUAUUCAUUAUCUAUCUAUCUAUCUAUCUAUCUAUCUAUCUAUCUAUCUAUCUGUUUCAGUUUGUUCAUAUCUAUCUAUCUAUCUAUCUAUCUAUCUAUCUAUCUAUCUAUCUAUCUGUUUCAGUUUGUACAUCUAUCUAUCUAUCUAUCUAUCUAUCUAUCUAUCUAUCUAUCUAUCUCAGUUUGUUCGUAUCUAUCACAGUUUGUUCAUCUCUCUCUAUCUAUUUCAGCUUGUUCAUAUCUAUCUAUCUAUCUAUCUAUCUAUCUAUCUAUCUAUCUAUCUAUCAUUACAUAUAUACAUAUACAAAUAUGUCCAUGCAUAUCCAUGA